AGCAGCUUCUUCUGUGUUUCCUUGGACCGCCCACAGUGAAAAGUGCUUUAAAUGCUUAUCGAUGGCACAUUUGCUGAAAUACAAAUAAUACAAACUAGGAAUGCCAUGCUCCAGUUGCCUGGUGAAUUGUUGUCGACGAGAUUGAAAAGCGCACCGACUCAACCACAACCAGCAACAGCAGCAACAGCAACAGCAACUGCAACCGCGACAAUAGCAUAGGCACUGGGACUUUGGUCAAGUGAUUGUGUGCUCGAAAUUCGCAUUUCAUUUAACUUUCCCCUCGAGGCAACCAUCAAACCAAAAAGCAUUCACAGCAUGACAAAUGCCGUGAGCGCCGCAACGGCCAUUGCAGCACUUGCCGCAGCUGCAGCGGCAGCAACAGCAGCAGCCAGCAGUCAAGGCAGCAGCAUCAGCAUCGGCAGCAGCAGCGUUGGCGGUGGCAUCAUCAAAGCCACCAACCAUAGCUUACAACUAUCCAGUGAGGAUGCUGGCAAUGGCAGCAACCGUCGCAACCACAGCACGCUGCUAUUGGCCGCCGAUCACCUGCCGCUUCAGCUGACAACUGCGAAAGUGGAUCAGGAUUUUGAAAUCGACAUUCAACUGCUGACAAAUGGCUAUGACGGCACCACGCUGACAUCGUACUACAAUGAGACGAGCUGGACAAAUGCCUCUGAAAUGGAUACAAUAGUUGGUGAGGAACCGGAACAGCUCUCACUUGUGUCAAUUGUAGUUGUUGGCAUCUUUUUAUCGGUGCUGAUAUUCCUUUCGGUUGCCGGCAACAUCCUCGUCUGUCUGGCCAUUUACACGGAGCGCAGCCUGCGACGCAUUGGCAAUCUGUUUCUGGCCUCAUUAGCGAUUGCGGAUCUCUUUGUGGCCUCACUGGUGAUGACAUUCGCGGGCGUCAACGAUUUGCUCGGUUAUUGGAUCUUUGGUGCAGAGUUUUGUGAUACUUGGGUGGCCUUCGAUGUCAUGUGCUCGACGGCAUCUAUUUUGAAUCUGUGCGCCAUAUCAAUGGACCGUUACAUACACAUCAAGGAUCCGCUCAGAUAUGGCCGCUGGGUGACACGACGCGUUGCUGUCAUUACUAUUGCAGCCAUUUGGCUGCUGGCGGCAUUUGUCUCCUUUGUGCCCAUCUCGCUGGGCAUUCAUCGACCCGACCAGCCGCUCAUUUUCGAGGAUAAUGGCAAAAAGUAUCCCACUUGUGCGCUGGAUCUAACGCCCACAUAUGCCGUCGUCUCCAGUUGCAUCAGCUUCUACUUUCCCUGCGUCGUCAUGAUUGGCAUCUACUGUCGACUCUAUUGUUAUGCCCAGAAGCACGUCAAGUCCAUCAAGGCGGUGACAAGACCGGGCGAGGUGGCCGAAAAGCAACGCUACAAGAGCAUACGACGACCCAAGAAUCAGCCAAAGAAGUUCAAAGUGCGCAACCUGCAUCACAGCUCGCCGUAUCAUGUGUCAGAUCACAAGGCAGCGGUCACAGUGGGUGUCAUCAUGGGCGUCUUUCUCAUAUGCUGGGUGCCCUUUUUCUGCGUCAACAUUACGGCUGCCUUCUGCAAGACGUGCAUCGGUGGUCAGACAUUCAAGAUACUCACCUGGCUGGGUUACUCGAACUCCGCCUUCAAUCCGAUCAUCUACUCGAUUUUCAACAAGGAAUUCCGCGAUGCAUUCAAGCGUAUACUGACCAUGCGCAAUCCGUGGUGUUGUGCCCAGGAUGUGGGCAACAUACAUCCGCGCAAUAGUGAUCGCUUCAUCACGGAUUAUGCCGCCAAGAAUGUGGUUGUGAUGAACUCCGGACGUUCCAGCGCCGAGCUCGAGCAGGUGUCUGCGAUUUGACCAAAACGCUGCAACAAUGCCAGCGGUUGGCUGCUCUGCGGCUGCUGUUGUCCUGGCAGCGGUCUCAAUGUGGAUGAUGAUGACGAUGGCGCACUGACCACCCGAUAUGUUCCAUGAGAUUCGGUCGCCGCGGCCACAACGACCAUCGUGGAGACCAUGGAGGCCGCGCAAAUGGAAACCGAGCUGGUCUAAAGUCGACGAUCAACAACAACAACAACAGCAACAACACAAAAAUUGGGUUCCUAAACGCAACUGCGAAGCAAUCCCAAAGCUUAUUCGAGAUCCUAAUGAAACUGAAACCAAAAUAAAAAGAACAAAAUGAAAACCUGUAAGUAUUAUCAGAAGAGCGCAUACUAGACAACUAAGCAAUCUACUAACUAAUGUGUGUAUACUUAAUACCUAAUCAUAGCAAUAAGUCGAAAACUAAACUAAAGUAAAGUAAA